AUGUUGGUUGUGUAUUGUUCCAAUCAGCGAAAUCCAACUGGUCCCGUUCUAGCAAUCCCAGAAAUCAAGGUAGGAGUCGCGGAUCCUGGCCUCGGCGAGACUUCGCCGGACUUUGAGGCUUUGUGUGCUGCCUUUGAAGGCGCACUUUCCACCGAAGAGGCGCUCAACUAUGAGGGCGACGGCGAGUUCCGCUACUUCGGCCCCACCAGUGGACAGCUGCAUUUCAUGUCCGACUUUUCGCCGGACCAGAGCCAAGACACUCCUCCGCUGCAAUCACAAGCGAUUUCUGCCGACUCUGUCGCCGCCAACCCUCGCGCCGAGAUGAACCGGCGGACACUCGCAGAGGACGACAGUGGGUUGAUGGUCUCGGAAGAGUUGAAGUCCGAGCUCGUAAACUUGUACUUCACAUGGCAGAACCCAUGGCUGCUCGUCGUUGAUGAAGACCUCUAUCGGAGUAAUUUGAAGACGACGGGCCGUUACUGGAGUCCUCUCCUUGAAAACUGCAUCCUCGCCAUCGGAUCUCGUUUCAUAGACAACCCCGAUGUACGUACUGAUCCGGACGAUACGAACAGUGCUGGUCGAUUCUUCUUUGACCGGGCCGAGGUCUAUCUGUCCUACGAGCUGAAGUUUCCGAGCAUUACUACCAUACAAUCACUGUUUCUGCUGAGCCAGCUGAGUGUGUCUACAGGGGCCGACGCAACUUCCUGGCUACGCCAGGGAAUGGCAAAGCAGCUCGCCCUUGAUCUGGGGAUCAAUCUUGAUGCCCAAAGGGUGUCUGGUUCAAAUUCAAUAUCGGCUGAGGAGGUCGAGCUGAGACGACUGCUUUACUGGUCCAUGCACUGCGACGACAAGCUGGCUGCUGCUUACACAGGACGCGUCUGCACACUGCUAGGACUUGUUGCGUGGCCAACCGUUCCCGACCUUGAAGUCACCUCACUUGGCCCAUCAGCACACGCGCGAAGUCCGCGAACGUUGAUGUUGCUGCUGCAUGCUCUUAUUCGGCUCUCUCACAUGCUGGAAGACAUCAUGGUGUCUUUGUAA